GACCCCAAGGGGUAUGCGAAAACUAACAAAUUCCUAAUACAAGAAAUUGUAUAAGGUGAAAUAAAGAAAUUCAGACUUAUAGGAGCCUGAAGCCUAUCCUAACAGCAAUGGCUGCAAUCCCACCGUGAAUUUGGCGCCAGGCCAUUUUAGGGCUCACAGGACCAAUUUAGAUUUGUCAUUUAACCUAAACUGAGGAAACAAAGCAAAAUACCUGACGAAAAAUCCACUCAGACAUAAGGAGAGCGUGGUAGCUCUGAACAGAUAACAAAGGGAAUAGCAUUCAAACCCACGAUGCUGGGUCCAUGAGGCAGUAAAGCUACCUACUAUGGCACUCUCCCUUUGUAGAAGUUAAAAUUUUUUUCUUGCUACUGAAACAGAACGUGCCAGUUUAUAGUUGUAGCACAGACAGUUCGAAUGACGGGUUCAGGGUCAUACAGUGAGUCGUAGACAGGGAUCAAACCUGCUCAUUUCCGUAGUUACUACUACAUCACAAUUUACUUUUGUGUGUAAAAUAAAUCUCCUGAGAAAAUCAUCUUGCAGAAGGCAGACAAUUCUAGCUUUAAUUGCAGGCACAGCUUCAGUGAUGUGGGAGCCAUCCUAGUUCUUCUAUCACCACUGCCACACAUGUAUGAUCGAAUUUACACUUUAGUGUGCUACCAGUAAGACAACGCAGUGCGUUUUCAACAUCUUUCUUUAAACAAGUUCCUCACAGAGCUGUUCCCUCUGUGUACAUUCUGUCAGAUAAGAUAAUGCAACUUUAAAGAAGAAGUAAAUUCUUUUAAAUCCUCUUCUCUUUGAUUUCCUUAUGUGUAUUUCAAUGCUGACCCUAUCAUGUGUGUAGCCGCUAAGUAGGUAAGGCAGGAUCAAGCAUGAGCCCAACACGUACCAAAAGAAAUUUCUCAUUCCAAAAAUGGUCGUUUUAAAAAAGGUUUAGUGAAAAUUCAAAGCAAACAGUUCACACAAAAAUAGAGAAAAGUUAUUACACACGCAGAGUAAAAGGCAACAAUGAAAAAAAAAGUUUCUUCUUUAUACUUAAUCUUUUGUUGUUAAACUUCAGUUGUCUUCUAUACUUAAAGAUUAGUUAUUUCCUUAUGUCUUACUUAAUACAUUCAGUACAUUCUAUACAUACGACGCUGCACGUUCAAUUGAGCAUGUUACGUUACAUACAACUGGGCACGGUUUGAAACUGUGUGCCCUCCAUGCCUUACUUAUGGCAAGGGAGGUCACUAACUGAGACUAAUCUGUAGUCAGAAGGACAAGAAACAGUUAGAAUAUUCCAUUUCAAUUCAACUUGGGGAGUUAUAAUGAGACCUCUCAUAGACUAUGCACUAAUAUAUAGGCAAACGUUUAACAUAACUAAGAAAAUACUUCUAUCAACUUAACAUAACCUAAUUGGCUCUUACAAUAUGAUUUAAAAAAACAUUUGAAAUGUGGGUUGCUAAAAUAAAAAAAAAAAAAGAAAUUCCAUCUGGAUAAACUAGUGGCCUCAAGCAUGCUGGUAUUCCAGCUAAGAUGCCAAGAAAGGCCAGGCUCAAUUAAACGUCUUCACGCACACAUUCAUUCAAAAGCGUAUACCACCUAGUGGUGAAUGUAGAGUAUGGCUUUUGCUAUCCUGGAGUCAGCUGAAAGCAUUUGGUCGCAUAUUAUUACCUGCCCCUAGACAUCUUUAUAAGUCUCAUGAAUGAACAGCUGUAGAGCACUGCUGCCAUGUUAAAAAAAAAAAAAUCUUUUUGCCCUUGAGUGACUUAAUACUCUGUGUUCUCUAACACUUUUCACUGUUUAACUCAUUCCAGAUGUACACUUUCCAUAUAAAACUUUCUCUCCCUUUUAUAUUUGCAAAGCAUGUUGGAAACCAUUAAAAGCUACAUAUUAGAGGUUUUCUUAAUUAACCAAACAGGGUAAUCAUCCCAUCCUGUUGUUGAUUGGAUCACUGAUGCCAAAAAAAUGAUGCUUCUGCUUUUAUAGCACCUUUCUGAGAGAAUGCUUUCCUCAAGAUCUUUAGCACAGAGAACAAGAUCAGUGCCUUCAAUUGCAGUGUGGUCUAAAGACUGAGGAGCUGGAGGCAGUUCAAAUAGUACCUCACUCUGUUAACUGGUGGAAGUAACUUCACCUGCCUUUUCCAACUUUUAGUAUUUAGGUUUGGUGCACAAAUAAUGAUAUCUAACAUAACAUGAACUUCUCAAACCCACAUGUUCCAAUUCAGAGGCAAUGGGGCUAGGCUUAAUCUCGUAUCACACUGCACAAAGGAGUAACCAUUCUGAGAUGGGACACCAUAGCCUACUAACACUGAGGUUUGGCCAAGUUAGAAUGGCAAGUCUAAGAUGACAUGGGGUGAAAACACUAGACAUACAAGUGAAGAACAUGCUAACUUGACACUAACAGCAACCAGUAGGGAGUUUACAAUAUAGGGCACUGAAUCAAUGUGUACAAAAAUGUCUACCGUGAAAGGUUUAAUACAGGAAGGAAGGUUUAUUAUCUGUUUAUAUGAUCAUCUAUUUUCCUUUCAAAGUCAGUGAGAGCAUACCAUGUAGUGAGAAAUGCAAGGCAACCACCAGUCAUAGUUAUUAUAGAACAAAUUUUUGUUUCAAAAUGAGAUAUUCUGUUGUCAUAAUUUCAUAAAAAAUAUUUUUUACAGUCUUUUUCUCUUUCUGGGUGGUGUGAAUAAACGGAUUUUAAAGUGCUGUUUAAAUCAUUCUCUGCAGGCAGAUUAUCACAGAAUAAACCAAGGACAGAAUUCAGUAUAAAACGAUGGUAGAAAAUAAAAGCCAAAUGCACCUUUUUCUGGUUGCCGUAGGUACUACUUGGGAUUAUUUAACAAGAAGAGGAUUAAAAUGAGAGUAAUCUGUGGCAAAAAAAAGCGCCUCGCUAUUAACAUUUCCCUUCAGCUCAUGAUAGCAAAUAGGGACAUUAGAGAAAUAGAGAGAAUGAUUCAAAGCACUUGACGGGAGUGUGAUCUUUGCUUGACCUUAAACUGAUUUCUGAACUGAGGGCUUGGCCAAUAAAUAAAUAAAUAAAUAACUGAUAGAAAUAAAAAGAAGCGGCACGUCUCAUCCUACGCCUGUCAACAAUGAAAAAUUGUCAGGAAUCAGACAAACAGCUUCAGUGAAGAGAUUGUUUCCGGGACUGAAAGCUUUUCCAACAGCUGUUUGCUUUGGCCACUGCUCAGGCCUCAUUUUUACCCAAAAAAGAAAAUCUAUUUUUUUCUCUUCUAAAACAGAGCAGGAGGCAGCAUUUUCAGUGGUCAGGAAGACGUGUCUAUUUCCAGUGUUGUGGGCUCAGGGCCGUGUUUUGACAGUUGGAAUAUAGGCUUGUUUUUCAACUGAUUCAGUCUAUACACUUCACUGGAAUGCUGCUGGAGAGCUAGGAGCAAAGAAAAGAAAAGAAAAAAAAAAAAUCAAAACUUACGAGUUCUUUAAUCACAGGCAGCUUUAAGGCAGUUACCUUCCAGAAAAGUUCACGCCCCAGAGGAGUGUUUUAGCGUUUCAGAGAAACUCUGACUGAAUCGUCAGCUUUAGACUGUGGAGCAUGGAAAGAGAUUCUCACUUUCUCCGAGUCUCAGUCACUGAAGGCUGACCUGAAGAAUGACUGCUACUGCAUUUCUUUAAACAGCUGCAUUUUUUUAUUGCAAUUCUCAGACAUCUGGAUACGCUGAAGUUCUGCUCUGGUGGUGGGAUUUUGUCUCUCUCAAGUUCGGCUCCCAUUAUUUAUUUAUUUUUUUCAAGUGGUCAUGCCAGUUGUGGGGGUCGCUUCAAAGCUGAGACAGCCAGCUGUAGGGUCAAAGCCUGUUCAUACAGCAAUUCCAAUUCCUAAUCUUGGCAGGACUCCUGUGUCACGCUCCUACUUGCCAAGGACUACUGAGCUUGGAGGGACAGACAAUUCAAUGCUCUCUUGUCAGCUGUCAUUAAAAUCAACCUGCAGCUUUCAGGAGCGGCCGCCUGAAGGGAGAGCCAAGGAAACAGAAGAUAGUAAGAUUUACACAGAUUGGGCUAACCACUACCUUGCCAAGUCUGGUCACAAGAGACUGAUCAAGGACCUGCAACAGGAUAUUGCAGACGGAGUUUUACUGGCAGAAAUCAUCCAGAUCAUUGCUAAUGAAAAGGUGGAAGACAUCAAUGGCUGUCCCAGGAGUCAAUCUCAAAUGAUUGAGAAUGUCGAUGCCUGCCUUAGCUUUCUGGCAGCCAGGGGAGUGAACGUGCAGGGUCUGUCUGCAGAAGAAAUAAGGAAUGGGAAUUUAAAAGCCAUUUUGGGGCUUUUCUUCAGCUUGUCCCGUUACAAACAGCAGCAACAGCAGCAACAACAGUAUUAUCAGUCUCUGGUGGAGCUCCAGCAGCAGGUUGCCCAACAGUCUUUGGGAGCAAGUUCAAGUAGUCAACAGAAGUCACAAGAAAUGCAGUCCAGUCUGACAGCCAGAUAUGCAACUCAGUCCAGUCACAGUGGAAUAGCAGUGAGUCAGAAAAAGAGUACUCGGCUUCCUGGACCCUCAAGGGUGCAAGCUGCGGGCAGCAGUACCAGUAAGGUUCAAGUAGCUUCCAACUUAAACAGGAGAAGUCAGAGCUUUAACAGCAUCGACAAAAACAAGCCUCUACAGUAUGCAGGCAGCACUGACAAAGAAUCUGUAAAAGGAAUUCCACAGCCUGGUGGCAUCAGUGGAAAUGGACAGAUCUCCACCUCUGCUGGUCAACAGUUGCCCUCUGCUAUUCCUUCACCCACCACCAGCAAACCCUGGAGGAGUAAGUCAAUGAACAUCAAACACACAGCGACCUCUUCAAUGUUGUCUGUGAAACAACCAAGCCCAGCCACCUCCCCUACGCCUUCCUCUGAACGCCUCAAACCCCCCUUUGCUGAGGUAGCCAAAGUAAUGAGCACAGGACAAAAAUCCAUGCUAGAAAAAUUUAAACUAAUCAAUACAAGGAGUUCCCCCAGACCUGCUCUUUCACCAAGCUCAGGAUCCCUUGGAGAAGUUGGAGGAAGAGAGGAAGACGCAUUAUCAGAAUGUGGAGAAACAGAAGGCUUUAGCAGUUAUCAAAAUAGUGGGGGUUCUGCAUGCAGCAGUCCUAAACAGUCACCCAAAGGCACAACUCCACCUGCAAAGUCCUGCAACAAAACCCUCAGCAAUAAGAAAUCUCUGCCACAAUCUAAAGAUAAGGAAGACAAAAGCAAAAACAAAAGCAAAGCUAGUACUCCAAGUAAAGAGGAAAAGGAGCUGCUUGCGGAAUCUUCAAAGAAAACCUCGAAAAUUGCCAGCUUGAUCCCAAAGGGUAGCAAAGCCCCAGUAGCAAAGAAAGAGAACCCUGUCCCUGCCUCCACUGGAAUACCUAAACCUGGACUGAAAGUGGCGACGCCAGCAUCCACUGUAAAAACUAUAGGCAGUCCUACUGGUCCCGGGGGAAAGGAUUCUGAAAAAUUACGGACACCUAAAGGAAGUCAGAUGCUUAAUGUUCAGAAAUCCCCUAUUGACGGCAAGAUCCCUGGUAGCUUUGCCUCUCCUGAGGGGAAACGGACGAGUAUGGUGUCAUCAACAAGCACUUCUGCACUUUCAGCCACAAUGUCAGCAGUAGGCAAUCAGCUAGCUGCAAACGGCAUUGUCCAGCUCCCUCAGCAGCAGCAGCAAUACAGUCAUCCAAACACAGCCACCGUAGCUCCUUUCAUGUACAGAACCUACUCAGAAAACGAUUGUACAGCUGUUGCUCCUACUGACCCCUGUCUCAGCCCCACAAAAGCAGAGCAGAUUUACAAUAAAACUGCCAAACAGUGCCUGGAGGAGAUAUCUGGUGAGGACCCUGAAACCAGAAGAAUGAGAACUGUAAAAAAUAUUGCAGACUUGCGACAGAAUCUGGAAGAAACAAUGUCCAGCCUUCGAGGGACUCAGAUUAGUCACAGCACAUUGGAAACAACAUUUGACAGCACAGUGACAACUGAAGUAAAUGGAAGGAGUAUACCAAGUUUGUCCAGCAGAUCAUGUCCCAUGGCCUGGAGGCUGGGACAAUCAAGCCCCAGGCUGCAAGCUGGGGAUGCACCUUCUUUACCUAGUGGCUAUCCUUCACGGGCCAACACCAGCCGCUUCAUGCACACAGAUCCAUCACGUUUUAUGUAUACAACUCCAUUACGACGAACUGCAACAGGAGCACGUGCAGGCAAUCUUGCACAUAUGGAUGAGAAAAGUGGAGGAGAUCUUGACACUGGAGAAGUGGACGUAACUGGAUACAUGAGUGACGGUGACAUUCUCAGCAAGAAUUUAAGGGCAAAUGAAGUCAGCAGUGGGUACCUGACAGAUGGUGGUCUUAAUCUUUACUCACGCAAUGUGAAUCGUGUUCCAGAUCUUGUGGCAUCUCGUGAUGUAAUUCAGAGGGGGGUAAAUGAGGUGCCGGGAGAUGCAGACAGUUGGGAUGAUAGCAGCUCGGUUAGCAGCGGCCUUAGUGAUACACUGGACAAUAUUAGCACAGAUGACCUGAAUACUUCAUCAGUCAGCUCGUAUUCCAAUAUUGCAUCUUCACCAAGACGGGGAAAGAGCUCACAGCUGAAGACUGACACAGAGAAGCACACAGUCCCAGACAAUGAGAGUACAUGGCUGAACCCUGAAGAACUGAAAAAAGAAGAGGAAUUUGACAGCAAUAUGGAUUCCAGCAAAAACUGGAAGAGCACAUCCUCAAACCUUUAUGAUGACUUAGAGAAAGGAGGCCAGAAAACAGGAUUGCCAGUAUCACAUACAGGGUCAUGGAGAAGAGGAAUGACGGCUCAGAUUGGAAUAACUCCACCAAGAACUAAAUCUUCAACUGGAUCUCUUAAAACUCCAGGGAAAACAGAUGAUGCCAAGGCUUCAGAAAAAGUUAAAACCCCUUCAAAAAGCACAGACUUACAGCGGUCACCCUCUGAUGCUGGAAAAAGCAGUGGGGAUGAAGGAAAAAAACCACCAUCAGGUAUUGCAAGGCCACCCACCACCGGAUCUUUUGGUUUUAAGAAGACUGGUACAGGGUCUGCUUCUUUGAUUACAGCUAGUGGGGCAACUGUGACAAGUGGUUCAGCCACCCUUGGGAAGAUCCCAAAGUCUUCUGCAAUCUCUGGAAAAACAAGUGGAGGACGUAAAACAAGCUUAGAUGGCUCUCAAAACCAGGACGAUGGCGUUUUACUGAUCAGCUCCAAAACCCCUCUACAGUAUCGCAGCUUGCCUCGUCCUGACAAGUCCAGCACAAGUGGCAUUGUGGGCAGAGGAGGACACAGAUCAAGUUCUAGUAGUAUUGACUCAAACGUCAGCAGUAAGUCAGCUGGCACACCCAGUAAUAAACGUAGAGAGCCUAACAAAAUCAGUUCUGGAAGAUCAAGUCCUGUCACCAUCAAUCAGACAGAUAAAGAGAAGGAGAAAGUAACUGUUUCAGAUUCAGAAAGUGUUUCAUUGUCCAGUUCUCCUAAAUCUAGUCCUACGUCAACCAGCCAGACUGGCUUGAGGCAACCGGGUUCAAAGUACCCUGAUAUUGCAUCUCCCACCUUCCGCAGAUUAUUUGGCACAAAAGCAAGUGGAAAGCCCAGCUCCUCAGCCAGUCCUGAAUCUGUGAAAAGUUCAUCAGUGAUUAGCAACUCUCAUGCUACAUUGGCUCGGCAGGGCAGUCUUGAUUCUCCCUCCUCUGGCACUGGUAGUAUGGGCAGUGCAACGGGGCAGAGUGGAGGAAGCAGCCCACUCUUCACCAAAGCUCCAGACCUGACCACUGAUGUAGUCAGUCUAAGCCACUCUCUGGCUUCUAGCCCUGCAUCUGCCCAUUCUCAUACAUCAGGAGGCAAGCAGUGGUCUGCAAACCUUAGUAGCUCAUCAGCUGGCAGCAAAGACACCUUAAGUUACCAGUCUCUUACCAGCCUACACACAAGCUCUGAGUCUAUCGAUCUCCCUGUCAGCCACCACAGUUCCCUAACUGGCCUUACCAGCACUCCAAAAGAGGUGCACAGUCUGCUCAUGAGAACUAGCAGUGUCAAGUCGACGUUGUCAGAGGGCAUGCAGCUUGACAGAAACACACUUCCCAGAAAAGGAUUAAGUAGGUAUGCACCAUCCUCUCGGCAGACCUCACAGGAGGAAGGAAAAGAGUGGCUGCGCUCUCAUUCUACUGGUGGUCUACAGGACACUGGCAAUCAAUCUCCCCUGGCAUCACCCUCUGCUAUGUCCACCAGCGCAACCGGAAAGUAUCACUAUUCCAAUCUAGUAAGCCCUACAAAUUUAUCACAAUUUAAUCUCCCUGGACCAAGUAUGAUGCGCUCCAAUAGUAUUCCAGCCCAGGAGUCAUCUUUUGACUUAUAUGGAGAGUCUCAAGUCCUUUGUGGCAGUGCUAUGUCCCUAGAGGAACAGCCAAGGGGCAUGAGCCGAUCAGAGUCAUUCAGGGACAGCAUGGAAGAGGUACAUGGAUCUUCAUUGUCCUUAGUUUCUAGUACCUCUUCUCUCUACUCAGCUGCUGAAGAGAAGGCACAUUCAGAGCAAAUAAGAAAACUAAGAAGAGAACUUGAUGCCUCUCAGGAAAAAGUUGCCACGUUAACAUCUCAGCUGUCAUCCAAUGCACAUCUGGUUGCUGCUUUUGAAAAGAGCCUUAGCAACAUGACCUUUCGUUUACAAAGCUUGACAAUGACAGCUGAGCAAAAGGAAUCUGAACUUGCAGAGCUCAGAGAAACGAUUGAAGCACUGAAGAUGCAGAACACCAGUGCACAAGCAGCUAUCCAAGUAGCACUCAAUGGGCCUGACCAUAUACAUAAAGAUCUCCAAAUCAGACGGCAGCACUCAUCAGAUAGCGUGUCCAGUAUCAACAGUGCUACCAGUCACUCGAGCAUUGGUAGUGCAACUGAUGCAGAUGCUAAGAAGAAGAAGAAAAAGAGCUGGGUUGCUGAUUCGAUUCCAGCUCAGCUGAGAAGCUCAUUCAAACAAGCAUUCAGUAAAAAGAAGUCAGCCAAACCACCUUCUCCCCACUCGGAUAUUGAAGAGCUCACAGACUCUUCACUGCCAUCGUCUCCAAAGCUUUCUCAUGGUGCAAAACAGGCCAGUGUUUCUUCAAUAAUGCCAUCUCAGUCAGCAUCUGAUGAGUGUGACUGCAUUAGCAAAUCCUCACCAAUUUGGAUGCCAAAGAAACGGCAAAAUGGCAAUGUGAUCUACAAGCACAGAUCUCGUCUAUGUGAGUGCACAGAGGCAGAAGCUGAAAUUAUCCUUCAGUUAAAAAAUGAGCUGCGAGAGAAGGAGCUAAAGCUAACUGACAUCCGUCUGGAAGCAUUGAGUUCUGCACACCAUCUUGACCAAAUCAGAGAGGCCAUGAACCGGAUGCAGAAUGAAAUUGAACUACUAAAAGCAGAGAACGAUCGCCUAAAGUCAACUGGAAGCACUUCUCAAGCCACUGCUACUGGUAGCAAAACAUGCCGUCCUCCAUCAGAGACAUCUAGCACAUCCUCCUCGUCUCCUUCCAGACAGUCAUUGGGUUUAUCUCUUAACAAUCUCAACAUUACGGACACCAUCAUGUCAGAUAUUCUCUUGGAUGAUGGCUAUGAAGGAACUUUGCGGAAAGAAGGUCGGAGUGUUAAAAUUGUGGUUGUGAUCAACAACUGUUUAAAUAAAACAAAGGUCAUAAAGCGUCAGGAAUAUCUUAUAGGAUCACUAGGUGUGAGUGGAAAGACAAAGUGGGACGUACUAGAUUGUGUAAUCCGGCGCUUAUUCAAGGAGUACAUUUUUCGUGUGGACCCUCUAACAAGCUUGGGUUUGAAUUCAGACAGCAUUCUGAACUACAGAAUAGGAGAUGUUAUCAGAUCCCAUAAUUCAGAAGUACCUGAAUUGCUACCGUGUGGGUACCUGGUUGGAGAUAAUAAUGUUAUCACUGUGAUUUUGAAAGGUGUUGAAGAUGAUAGUAUUGAUAGCUUGGUGUUUGACACUUUAAUCCCAAAAACAAUUAUUCAGCGUUACCUUAACCUCUUAAUGGAACACAGAAGAAUAAUUCUGUCUGGUCCAAGUGGAACUGGAAAAACAUACUUGGCAAACAAGCUUGCAGAAUUUAUAGUAUGCAGCUCUAGGAAGGAAAUCACUGAAGGAAGCAUAGCCAGCUUUAAUGUGGACCAGAAGAGUAGUAAGGAAUUAAGACAGUACCUAUCAAGUCUUGCAGACCAAUGCAACACGGAGGAAAAUGAAGCUGAAUUACCUAAAGUUGUAAUACUGGAUAACCUGCACCAUAUUGGUUCACUAAGUGAUAUAUUUAAUGGAUUCCUCAACUGUAAAUAUCACAAAUGUCCUUAUGUUAUUGGAACCAUGAAUCAGGCUGUUUUUUCACCACCAAAUCUGGAGCUGCAUCACAACUUUAGAUGGGUUCUCUGUGCUAAUCACACCGAGCCAGUUAAGGGAUUCCUGAGUCGAUAUCUUAGAAGAAAACUAAUAGAGACAGAAAUUGAUAAGAACAUGCGGAAUAAUGACCUUGUCAAGAUUAUUGACUGGAUUCCUAAAACAUGGCAACACCUCAACAGUUUCUUGGAGGGUCAUAGUUCAUCUGAUGUUACCAUUGGUCCCAGACUAUUUUUAUCUUGUCCAAUGGAUGUAGAUGGCUCCAGAGUAUGGUUUACAGAUCUGUGGAAUUAUUCCCUAGUUCCAUACUUGCUUGAAGCAGUAAGAGAAGGACUGCAGCUUUAUGGUAAAAGAGCUGCCUGGGAAGACCCCUCAAAAUGGGUAAUUGAUACCUAUCCAUGGAGUUCUGCAUCUGUGCAACAUGAAUGGCAGUCAUUGCUUCAGUUGCGCCCUGAGGAUGUUGGUUAUGAAGGAUAUGCCUCAACUAAAGAAGUAGGAUCUUCAAAGCAAGUUUCACAAAGUGACACAGAAGGCGACCCACUGAUGAGCAUGUUGAUGAGACUACAAGAAGCUGCUAAUUAUUCAAGCACACAGAGCUGUGAUAGUGAUAGUACUGGCCAACAUGAUGACUUAUUGGACACAUCGUUGGAAUCCACUUUGUAGAGCCAUGUCAAAAAAUUACAGGGUAGAAAAGUAAACACAGUAUACAUGAAUGAAAAAAAGAAAAACAGCUUCGACAGAAACACUGCCAGUACUAGCAUAAAGUGCUCCAUAGACCGUACCUGGACAUGGAGUUUUUGCAGGUGGGCAGUUUCUCUAAAAUGGAGAAGCAGAGUAAAUUUGAACGCUUCAGAAUAAUUUAAUUUCCAUAGUGAUUGGAAAUGUGUAGUAAGUGACAGGACUCCAUUCAUCAACUGGAAAAAAGCCAGUUCAAAAAAAGGCACUUAAAACAACUGGCUGCAUAUACAUUGAACUGAAACCAAACUGGGAAUUUUUUGGAGCAGGGGAGGGGGUCCCUUUUUUCUUUCUUCUUUUAUCACAGUCGUCUGCAAAGUUUACAUGGCAAUUCAUAUUGUUUUUACUGAGGUGCUGUCAAUCUUUGAGUCUUUGCAGUUCUACUCCUAUUCUGACCUCAGAUGAGCCAUAUGGUGCUGGUCACAUGACAAACUGGUCUUUAGUUUACACCAUUACCCAUUCCGAGAUCCAUGAGGCAUACUAAUAUUAAGCACAGUGGCACUGUGCAAAUCCAGAAAACCACUACUGUGACACACUGGACAAGUGCCAAUCUUUACCUUCUGACAACUGCCAAGUGCAUUGAGCUUUGUGAACCCUUGCUCACUGGGUUGUUCGCUAAUGGACACCAUUACUACUAUAUAUAUUUUUAUGUUUAUUUGUUUUCUCAUUUUGAUAAUUUAUGAGAGAUGUGGUAUGCCAGUCAUCCACCCAAUCAGAUUUAUAGCAUUAUACCAAUGGAAAGCUGCUAAAGACUGUAUUUUAGCAUUGUAUGUGCGUGUGUGAGCGUGUGUGUUUUUUUAAAACAUAAACAAGAAGGGAACAUAUUUGAUAAUGGUGCUUUCUUACUGCCUUAAGGUUCCUAUUAUAUCAACACCAGAAACAUAUUAAUUUCAGCAAUGUUUUCUUUUUUUUAUAUACAGG